AUGUCCUUCAUUCACUACAAUCCACUGGAUGGAACUUCACCAAAGAAGAAGCAAUUAACAUUGGAUGAACUGAAGUCCGUUCUUCACUUAAGCCAAGAGCAAGCUGCUAAAGUACUUGGUACAUCUUCUUUCAAACUUCGCUCUUUAUUCAAGAAGCAUAGAGAGGAGCUUUCUAUGGUUAGAUGGCCAACACAAAAGGCUAGACAACAAAUGCUAACCAAUAACAACAACAACAACAACAUCAUAGUGAAGGAAGAAGAAGAAUUUCCUAGAGAUGAAAAUGACUUUCCAAUCUUUAAAAAAUCUCUCAUAUACAAGCAACAAAUCAAAAAGGGCAAUAAUCCAUUCACUUCUAUUGAACCUAAAAUAUUAUAUCUUCCUUCUCCACUUGAAAAUAAUCAACAUAAUGUUAACCAUGAAUCAAUUUAUUCCGGUUAUACAGAUGAUGAUAAGAUUUUCACCUUUAACAAAUAUGAACUACAAGAUUUCUUACAUUUUUUGGAAAUGAAAAGAUUGGAAAAGGAUAUUUGUGAUCGUAUGAUUGGUAGAGUAGCAAAUGGAUUCAAGAAAGUUGUAUUCUGUAUGCCAGUUUCAAAGUGUACCAGAAAUGUAUUUACCAGUUACUUUGAUAUGUAUGGAGAACAUUGUACAAUUAGAAGUAGAAAGGUUCUUGGAUACGAUUCUAUUGGCUGUUUUACAAAAAGAAAUGUUUCAAGAUAUGUGUUUGAAUUUCCAUAUUUACCAACAUUCGGAAAUGGACGAUGGACUUUGAAUCAAUAUAGUUUAGAUAAUAAUAAUUAUGAAUCGGAAUUUGAAGAUGGGGAAGGAAUAACAAUAUUCAACGAUUCUACAUCAACAACAAGUAGUACAUCAUCAAAUGAUUUCAGUUUUCCAGUUAUCGAAGACAAUGAUUAUUCAUUUUUAGGAGAGGAGUUGAAUGAGUUUAAUGAACAUUGCAAUAGACAAUUGGAAUUCAUGGAAGGAUGGGAUCAUGUUCGAAACAUGGUUUAUAGAUUAAGUGUUUCUCAUAAUUCAAUCACUCAACUGGUUACAGUUUCAUUCGGAAUGAUUUCUUUGAAGUUGUGGUAUGAUGGAACCUAUAAAGAAACAUUUUAAUAAAGUAUAACAUUUAAUCUAUC